AAUUAAAUUUCCUCAACCUAUAUUAUGACAUAAUAAUAUCUCAGCUAUUUUCACAUUUGAUUGAUUUGAUAUCCCACAUGGCAUCGAAUUUCUUCAGCAACAAAGCUCGCGCAGCAGCUGCGGGGGCUGCCAUACCUAAACCAAAAGCUUCAGAUAAAGAGGGUGAUACCACAAGGCUACAGCCAUGGGUUGAGAAAUACCGGCCGAAAACUCUCGACGAUGUCGCUUCUCAGGAACAUACAGUCACAGUUCUCCAACGAACCUUACAAGCUUCAAAUCUACCCCACAUGCUCUUCUACGGCCCCCCAGGGACUGGAAAGACCUCCACAAUCCUCGCCCUGGCCAAAUCCCUCUACGGCCCGCAACUUUACCGUUCCCGCAUCCUAGAGCUUAACGCGUCCGAUGAACGUGGCAUCAGCAUCGUGCGUGAGAAAAUAAAAGACUUCGCAAGAAUGCAACUAUCACAUCCUCCCCUUUCGGACAGCGCCUACCGCGAAAAAUACCCUUGCCCGCCCUUCAAAAUCAUCAUCCUCGACGAAGCCGAUAGCAUGACGCAGGAUGCGCAAUCGGCGCUUCGACGCACUAUGGAACGAUAUAGCCGCAUCACUCGCUUCUGUCUUGUGUGCAAUUAUGUCACGAGGAUCAUUGAUCCGUUGGCGAGCCGUUGUAGUAAAUUCCGCUUCAAGGCACUGGACGGCUCGGCGGCGGGAUGUAGGUUGGAGGAAAUUGCGAGAAUGGAGAAACUUAGGCUUGCCGAUGGGUGUAUUAGGACGUUGAUUCGGUGCAGUGAGGGUGAUUUGCGCCGGGCUAUUACGUACUUGCAGAGUGCGGCGCGGCUGGUGGGAUCUACGGAGGGAACAAAGCAAGGAGGAAAGGAUGAAUCUGGAGAUACGGAGAUGGCUGAUGCUGGUGAAGAUGGGAUCAUUACUGUGAAAACCAUUGAGGAAAUUGCUGGAGUUGUUCCUGAUGAUGUUGUCGAUCGAUUGAUCAAGGCGCUGCAACCGAAAAAGGGCCGUUCAUCGUAUGAAGCUGUUUCGCAGGUGGUAACUGAUAUCGUGGCGGAUGGCUGGAGUGCAUCGCAGAUGUUAACCCAGCUAUAUCAAAUCAUAGUGUUCGACGACUCCAUACCGGACAUCCACAAAAACAGCAUCGUCAUGGUAUUCUCCGAGUUUGAUAAGCGGCUAAUUGAUGGAGCGGACGAACACCUCACCCUCUUAGACCUGGUGUUGAGAAUAUCGGAAAUAUUAGGGCGGCCUUCGUAA